UGUUGAGAGACAGAGAGACUGACAUCGGAGGACAGUUAACCCAGAGAGCCACUGGGACACAGAGACAGGAAGGAGCCGCCCCCGUCCAGGAAGGAGCCGCCCCCGUCCAGGAAGGAGCCGCUCCGUGCCCAGACCAUCAUGAUGACCACCAGAGAACCAGACAGACAGGCCGAGACGGAGACCAAGGUGCUGGAGAAGGGGCUCCGGAAGGGGUUAGCAGGAGAGCCCUUUCCAGGAAGGGGUAGGGGAGAAGGAGGUGGGCCUCUGGAGGUGGUUGAGAAGGUACCAUCGGAGCCUGAGAGGGACAGAGGAGGAGGAAGCUCCUGGGGAGUAGGAGGAGGGCCCCUGGUGGUGGUUGAGAAGGUACCAUCGGAGCCUGAGAGGGACAGAGGUAGAGGAGGAAGCUCCUGGGGAGUAGGAGGAGGGCCCCUGGUGGUGGUUGAGAAGGUACCAUCGGAGCCUGAGAGGGACAGAGGUAGAGGAGGAAGCUCCUGGGGAGUAGGAGGAGGGCCCCUGGUGGUGGUUGAGAAGGUACCAUCGGAGCCUGAGAGGGACAGAGGUAGAGGAGGAAGCUCCUGGGGAGUAGGAGGAGGGCCCCUGGUGGUGGUUGAGAAGGUGCCAUCGGAGCCUGAGAGGGACAGAGGUAGAGGAGGAAGCUCCUGGGGAGUAGGAGGAGGGCCCCUGGUGGUGGUUGAGAAGGACCAUCAAAGCCUGAGAGGGACAUGGGGACAGGAGGGUGGUCGUGGAUGCUGGGAGAGAGCUGCUGUAACACAGCCCAGUGGGCCAGGCAGGACUAUAGAAACACCAGACCCUGGUGACGCACAUGGACAGACGGACAAACAGACUGAUGAUUAGGGAUCAAGAGAAAAGAGAUGAGAGGAGGAAGCCACAUAUGGAUACAGAUGAAGAGAAUGGAGAGAUAAAAAGAGAAGAAAUCCAAUCCUCCUGCACUUCUCUUCAUCCCUCUUUCCUGAUAACUAAUUAGUGGUACUAUGUUUAUAACGAGACAAAAUGAGUGAGGGGUUUGGUCGGUACGCAGCAAUAGUCAGCCAGAUGUCUCUUAUCACUGAGUGUUGUAUCUGUCCCAAAUGGCACCCUUUUUAGUGCACUACUUUCUGCCAGAGCCAAGGUCGUAGGGUGCCAUUUGGGAUGUACAUAGACCGGGUGAGAGUGUAACAUGAUGGGUUACAGCGCAGUGAUCAGAAUGUGGCAGUGAAUGGCGAAGUGGCAAUGGGAGCCAUGCUUGAAAUUCCAUUCGACUUGCGUUUACCAGACAUAUUUUAUGGCACCUUAAUUCAUCUUGUUGUAACUAUUUCAUUCAAAUGCAUGUUUUUGUUUUUUUUUAAUCUGAAGAGAAAGUAUUAUUCUAUGAGUGGCAAUGUUUUUUUACCCUAUAAAUAAAUUGGCUACACAGAC